AUGUUCAGUUUCCCUUUUCUUCCGCAGUAUUUCUUGUACCAAAUCCUGCGUGGAUUAAAGUACAUUCAUUCGGCCAAUGUGUUACAUAGAGAUUUAAAUCCAAGAAAUCUCCUCGUGAAUGUAAAAUGUGACUUAAAGAUCUGUGAUUUCGGGCUUCCUCGUGACAUUGCCGAGGUUCUUGAUCCUGAGAUGCCUGAGUACGUUGUCACAAGAUGGUACCGUGCACCCGAGCUUCUGUUACACUCUUCUCCUUAUACCACAGCGAUAGAUGUUUGGUCCGUUGGCUGCAUUUUCUUGGAAAUGAUGAACCGCAAACCGCUCUUCCCAAGUGAAAAUCAUACUCAACAGUUUGAUUUGGUUAUGGAGCUCAUAGGCAGUCCAUCAGAAGAAGAUCUUGGAUCGUUUAAUGAAAACGCUAAGCGAUUCUUGCGGUGGCUUCCUUGGCUUCCUCGCCAAUCUUUCUCUGAAAAAUUCCCAAACGUGCACCCUUUAGCUAUAGACCUGAUGGAGAAGAUUCUAAAGUUUGACCCUAGAAAGAGAAUCUCAGUUGAAGAAGCGCUUGCUCAUCCAUAUCUCCAAUCCAUGCAUGACACUAGCAAUGAACCAGAGUGCACAAGGCCUCUCAACUUCGAUCUAGAGGAACCAUUCACAGAGGAGGAGGUUAAGGAGUUGGUCUACUGUGAAGCACUAGAUUUUCAUCCUGAAUAUACCAGAAAGAAAAGGACCAUUGACUUUGGCUUCACAACAGUUCUCAUAGCAAUUGUUUUGUUUCUGUUCUUCAAAUCUUUUGAGAUAAGCGUAGAGAGGGACCAUCUUUGA